UAGUCAACUGACCAUCGGAUCACCCGCUAAGGAUUAGCAAUCCUCGACGUACACUUAUAAUACACUUGCAUUAUAUACAUUAGGGAUUAGCUUUAUAUUUAUUCUACAAAUAUAAGAUCAGAUAUGGUUUUCCGACUUUGCUGUUCGUAUCGUAACACGGUGCGCAAUACGUCCCGGUCAAAAUACUAUACUCAAUUUUCAAAUAUGUCAGCUCUCAUUUUAAACGACAGAUUGUAACUAGACAGGACUGUAUUAUUAUUGGAAAGAAUAAUUUAAGACGUUACCGUUGUUGUCCAGAUCGAAUAGAAAUUAUAAUUUGUAAAUCAAAUAAAAAAUUCUGAACGUGGGAGUUGGAAAAUUUAAAAAAAAAGCAAAGCAAUCUUCAAAGUGAGUCCGAUUGUAGUAGGCAGUAGAUUAUUAAAGCAACAUAUAUUUGAAUGUUGAGAAGUGGUAAUCGAUUGUAAAUCAAACCGGUCACUUUUUCCAAAAUAUUUUUUGAACUUUAUGAAACUUUUACGACGUCUUGAAGGGUCUCAAAAACCAUGCUCACAAUCAGACCGCUUAUUAACGCCAAAGGUUAAAAUUUCCAAAUGCUGCGAUUUAUGGUUAUCGACAAACAAACGAAUAAAUCUUCUCUCUUCAUAAUACCAGUAUAGAAAUAUAGAUAACACCGUGUUUCCUGAGUAAAUCCAAUUUAUCCCAUUUUUUUUUCUGUAAAUCCUUCCGAAUUCCUACGAUUAGAACGUUGAGGUGUUAUUCUUUCAUAUUCCCAUCCCGUGCACCUUUUGUGAUCAGCCCAGGAUGUACAUACGUGAUCCAAAAUUAGUUGAAUAUACAACUUAGCGCCCAACUUUUUAACAUACGAUUCAGCCGAGAAAUAGCGAACAACUACAAUAUAAGUAUGUCGAUGAUACGUAACGGUAGUUCAAUUCAAAAAGACGGAAGAGGUAAAACCAUCUUUGAUCUGUUUGGGAUAAACUGUACAGCAGCUGCUGUCUGCGUUUUUAUUUUUUCAAUAUAGUUAACAUAACAAUGCGAGGAUAUGAACAAGAUAAAUAUUUGAUUGAUAGUCCAGGUGUUCUCCAAUUCACAGCAAAUAUGUAUAAAAAAUACCGUGUUCAUUACGCUAUAUUCACAUAUAGUAUAGAUAUGGUUCGCGGUAGUUUAUGCGACACAUUUGCAAUAUGCAUAACUGUUUUUUGUAUCAUGCCGCUAAUCAAUGCGGAAAUUACUCUCGACCCGGAAAAAAUCACGGUUUUUAUGUUAUCUGGAACCUGUGCUGACAGAAAAAUCCCAGGCACCAACCUCCAAGAUGUAUCUUCAUGUCUGGACCCUACGCUGAAAACUGUAAUAAUUAUCCAUGGAUUUCUAGAAAGUUGUACGGAGGAAGCUGUGUACAUAACGAUUAUAAAUAAGGCGUAUCAAGGAUUAGGAAUUUACAAUGUGAUUUGCAUCGAUUGGAGUCCGUAUUGCACUUCUUUUCUUGGCUAUCCGACCGCCGUUGCGUACUCAAAACUAGUGGCAGACUUACUGGUUGUUUUGGUCGCGCAUCUAGAUGCACGGGGAAUAGAUCGGACACAACUCGACUUUGUUGGAUUUUCCAUGGGAGCGCAGGUCGCAGGGAUGGUGGGCAAUUGUAUCACGAAUCCACCACUCUAUAGAAUUAUAGGACUUGAUCCUGCAUCGCCUGGAUACACACCUCAAAUCUCUGACGUCGGUCAUAUGACACCCAACUCUGCAACGAUCGUAGUCGGGGUGUACACGGAUAGGGGAUUUUUCGGUGUUUUCGAACCCUGUGGUAGCCACAAUUUUUUUCCAAACGGCGGAACUCGAAUUCAACCCAAUUGCUCGGACGGGCUAACGCUCGACAUAUUGACGGCGGUGACAGAAUUACCGAAUUCUUUUUCGUCGGUUUGGUGUUCCCACGUGCAAGCGACGGUGUACUUUGUUCAGGCGAUCACGUGUCCAGGCUCCAAUCUUGCCGUUCAGUGCGAUAGCAAUCUAGAUUUUUUGGCCGGAAACUGCCAGGGAAAUUUGAUAGUCGAUCUCAACGCGUGUAUAGGAUCAAAUGUACCACCUGCAGGAUCUUAUUAUUACCGGACUGAUCCAAAAAAAAACGGAAUCGGCAUUUCAGGAACCAACCCACCGCCAUUGAUUUCAGUAUUAUAGAUAUAUUGAUUUCAACGUUGAUUUAUUGAUAAAACUCGUAAUCAUCAGUUUACACAUCAUACCGUCCAUUGGUCGGUGUCAGUCACAUAUAAUAAGCAAGCAUAGUUUUAUAUUUAUAACAUUAUACUAGAAAAACCUUGUGUCGAAGUUAGAGAACUCUUCGUGGGAAUAUCCUCUCGUCGAUCGGGUCACAAGCCAUUAAAGGAUUGGGAUAACAUAA